AUGGGGGCUGCCCAAGGACAGCAACACGUUGGCUGCUCAGUGACCAAAUGUGAAUUUUUUUCCCUAGAAACCGGAGCAAAGAGGCCCAGAGAACAUGGUUUCAUGGUGGGAGCAGGAAUUGAAAAGUGCGGAUGCCGGGCUGGACAGCCAUCCUUCCCACGGAGCACAGCAAUGAGCGAUCAGACACCUGCAGCCGCUGAGAUGAGGCGCACGAGCAGAUGGACAGAUGGGACAGGCCACCUGCGGGACGGGUCUCGUCCCAGCGCCCCCGUCUUCCCGAGUUCCCUGGAUCCAGCUGUUCUUGGGUUCUAG